AUGACUUUGCCCCAUGCGGCAGAUGGAAAGCCACCAUUCCUUGAUGCAACCGAGUCUACACCGUUGCUGAAUGAAUCCUCCCAUCAACACUCAUACACAAGUGAGGCCGAUACAGAUGUAGAUAAGGAUGUCGAUCCUAGUCUGUCAUCAACUGUCUUUGCUCCUGAAGAGGACCCUGCCUUGCUUAGUCUCUCCCGGGUUACUUCAAUUCCCCAGGGGCUUGACAUCGAACCUAAUCUCGAACGCCUCCCUUCUGCUCCUGUGAGCCACAAACAAGUCCGAGAUUCUGAAGAUGGCUCUCCAGGUGAGCCCACCGGCUAUGCUUCACGAUUUAUCAAUGUGUCGCCAAUGAGAUUUUGGCUUAUCUUCUCUGGUAUCCUGAUGGGAUAUUUGAUUGGCUUCUUCGAUUCUACCUUGAUGGCUUCCAGUCAUCCCGUUAUAACAUCCUACUUUGAGGCCUCAAACUCCGCGUCGUGGCUAUCGACCGCAUUCCUAUUGACCUCCACUGCUUUCCUCCCGUUGUUUGGACGCAUAUCUGACACAUUUGGAAGGAAGCCGGUCUACCUUUUCGCGAUCGCCGUCUUUUUCAUCACGACAGCAUGGUGUGCAGCCGCCCAAAGCAUAUACAGCUUCAUCGCUGCCAGGGCCUUCUGCGGUCUUGGAGCUGGUGGUGUCUUCUCCAUGGGCAUGAUUCUCUCCAGUGAUUUGGUCCGCCUCGAAUACAGAGGCGUCUACCAGUCCUACAUCAACCUUUGCUUAGGCACAGGAGGCUGCAUGGGGCUGGCGUUCGGCGGGUUCUUGUGCGACCGGGUUGGAUGGAGAGGUGCGUUCCUUGUGCAAUUACCUUUCAUCUUUGUCUAUUUCCUGGUGGCUGCCUGGACAACCCCUGCCGACCUGGGCGUGAAAAAAGCGAAGACAGAACGAAAGUCUCUGCUGCAGCUUAUCAGGAGCAUUGACCUCGUGGGAUCGCUUAUACUGGUCCUUGGUGUGACUUCAUUGAUCAUGGGACUCAAUUUGGGUGGCAAUGUGUUCAGCUGGUCUCAUCCAAUUGUCAUCACGUCCUUGAUCUCAGCCUUUAUCUUUGCCAUUGUUUUUGUUCGAUAUGAGCGAACCGUGGAGCGCGGAGUUAUGCCGAUAUCCUUGCUGGUACAAGAGCCUCGUGCCAGCCUCAUCUUUGGAAACUUUUUCGGGGCCAUCUCCAUCAACACCAUGGUCUUCAACGCUCCGCUGUAUUUCCAGGCAGUCAAGCUAGCUAGUCCGACUGACUCGGGUCUCAGACUGAUUGGUUCAACCCUUGCGGUGACCGUUGCCAGUGUUUCGACAGGCUUCAUCAUCACUUGGACCAAAAAGCUCAAGCCAACUAUCGUGUUCGGCGAUAUUUUUCUAGUUUUGGGAGGUUGCGCUGCCGCUUCAAUGGGUGUUAACACGCCUGAUUGGCUGGCGAUGAUUUGCGUUUCGCUGUCAAACCUUGGACAAGGGUGCUCAUUUCCUUCAAUCAUGGUAGGGAUUCUUGCCUCCACUGAUCAGGGUGAUCAAGCCGUGGCCACCACAACCUUGGGUUUGUGGAGAAAUCUGGGCUCAGUGAUGGGUGUGGCAACGAGCAGCUGGAUUUUCCAGAAUUCUCUCCUGUACCGCCUCGAAGAGAUGGUUACAGGACCAAAUAAGGAGGAUGUUAUCCUUCUCGUCCGCAAAUCUGUCCACGCUGUCGCCAAACUCGAUCCGAUGCACCAGCACCAAGUGAUUGGAGCGUAUGCUGCAGCCCUCCGUGCUACCUUCUUCUCUGCUGCUAUCUGGGGUGCUCUUAUGCUUAUUCUGCACCUUCGAGCCCGGAUCCCUAAACUGGGAACCAAAGCAUGA